UGUCACUGAAUUUCUCUGGAAAACAGAAGCUGAAUCUCGUGCUGUGUGGAUGUGAUAGCACACUUAAGGUCUCUGUGUCCAAACUUUUACGAGGGAAAAAGAUAAAACCUUCACAACAGAGAGCGAUCAGUGAAGAGUGUGUGAAGAGAGAGGAGAGGAUACAUGGACGUCUGAUCAGUUUGCUAGAGCUUCCAGCUCUUACUCAGCUCCCAGAAGAGGAAGUGAUGCAUCAGACUCUCAACUGUGUGUCUCUCUGUGAUCCUGGAGUUCAUGUUUUCCUCCUCAUUGUUCCUGCUGUUCCACUUAAUAAUGAUGAGAGAGCAGAAAUAGAGAAGAUCCAGAAUAUAUUUGACUCCAGAGACCAUUUCAUGGUGCUUUUCACAACAGAGCUCAUUAUUAUUAAAAAAGUGACUAAUUUUGUUGAAUCCAGCCCAGAAUUUCAGAGGUUAAUCAGUCGUUGUGGAGGUCAGUACAUAGUGAUGGGGUUAAAUGAACCGAAAAAUUCAAGACAGAUCCCAGAACUACUGGAUUAUAUAGAGAACAUGAAGACUGAACCCUAUUCACUUCAAAUGUAUGUGAAAGCUCGAGAGAACAGAGUCAGACAUGAACUGGAGGAACAACAUAAGAAAGAAAUGGAAAAUAAAAUCAAAGAGCUACAAGGCACGGUUCAGUCAGAAGGUGCUGAAGGUGAAACAGUUGAUCAGGAGUGUUUGAGGAUUGUGCUGAUCGGGAGGACAGGAAAUGGAAAGAGUGCAACAGGAAACACUAUUCUGGGAAGAAAUGAGUUUCCCAGCCGAAUGAGCACAGAUUCAGUGACGACUGCAUGUGAAAAGAGAGUUGGUGAAGUUGAUGGUCGAUCAGUAGCUGUUGUUGAUACUCCAGGACUCUUUGACACAACACUGACAAAUGAUCAAUUGGUGGAAGAAAUAAUGAAAUGUGUUUCACUGUCGUCACCUGGACCUCAUGUGUUUGUCAUUGUGUUGAGUUUGGGAAGAUUCACCAAAGAGAAGGUGGACACUAUGGAUCUGAUAAAGAAGAUCUUUGGUCCAAAAGCUGUUCAGUUCAGCAUUGUUCUGUUCACUAGAGGAGACGAACUUGAGAAUGAGUCAAUAGAACAUUAUGUGAAGAGAAGUAACUCUGCAGAACUGAAGAAACUGAUCAGAGAUUGUGGAAACAGAUUCCUGGUUUUCAAUAACAGAGAGAAACAAGAUACAACUCAAGUGAUUCAACUGUUAAAGAUGAUAGAAGAGGUGAAAAAUACUAAUCAGGGUCGAUACUUCACCAACAGCAUGUUUGAGGAGGCAGAGAUGUCCAUUAAAAAGAGAAUGGAGGAAAUAAUGAAAGAGAAAGAAAAAGAAAUUCAGGCUCAGAAAGAUGAGUUACAAGCCAAAUAUGAGAGGGAUAUGAAAAGCAAGAUGAAGGGACUCGAGGAAAAGAAACUAAGAGCAGACGAGGAGAGAAUGAAAAUGCAGAAUCAGCUGAGAGAAAAAGAGAAAAACCUCAGAAAAGAGUUUGAAGAAAAAGAGAAAACAGAUCAGAAGAAACGAGAGACUGAAAACCAGAAACGAUCAGAAGAGGAAAAACAGCAAAGAGCUGAAUUUAAUCGAAAAAUAGAAGAGAUGAAAAGAAGCGAGAGACAGAAACAUGAGAAGGAAAUAAAAGACAUGAUGAAGAAACAUCAAGUUGAAGCCAGAAAACAAGCAGAAGAAUUUCAUAAGUCGACAGAAAGAAAACUGCAGCAUGUUCUGGAGCUCACAGAGAUGCUUAAAGAGCAUCAAAGACAACAUAAAGCACUGGAUAAACUUGAUAAAUAAAAAAGAAAAAAGAAGAUAAAA